AUGUGUAUAGGAUUUGGUUAUCAUGAAAGGACCAAUGAUUUUAAGGUUGUUCGUAUUGGAUUUAUUGAUCAUGUUUGGUUAAUUGAAGAAUAUAAUUAUGGUGAAUAUGAUUUUGAGUGUAGGGCUGAGAUAUUUUCACUAAAUACCAAGGUUUGGAAAACACUUGAUUUGAGUCAUGAUUUUUGCUACAAUAGACUUGAUUUAUUUUCAGGAGUUGUUGUUAAUGAAUAUUUGCAUUGGAAGGCUAUUAAGAGCAACACUUAUGAAAAUAAAAUGGUUAUUUUGACAUUUCAUAUGGGGGAUGAAGCAUUUCAAGAUAUUGAAUGUCCAAUAUUUUAUGAUGGAGAGGAGAUUAAUCAAUCUAUAAAUCUUGGUGAAUUUAGAGGUAAACUUGGAUUUCUUAGAUCUUAUCCAGUCAAGUGUUGGUAUGGGCCAGGGGAAAAACCUUGUUACAUUUGGACAAUGGAGGAGUAUGGUGAAAUUAAUUCUUGGACUAGUCAAACAGUUAUUGUAUCAGGCAUGCCAAUUCAAUAUCCUUUGGCUUUUACAAAAAAUGGACAAAUUAUAAUCAGAGAUAAAUAUGGCAACAUAUUUAGCUAUGAUUACAACACUAAUCAACUCCUUGAUUUCAACAUACAAGAUGAGGAGUAUGCUAUGAAUUUUAUCGACUAUACUGAAAGCUUAGUUUUGGUUGAUCUUAAUGAUGAUCCAAUGGAGGAUGGUGUUGCUGAAUUUGAUGAGGACAUAAAUAUGGAACAUAUGAUCAACAUGAUCGAUAAUGAUGAUCCUCAAGGUGAAACUUCUAUGGAUGAUGAAAAUUAG